AGCUCCAGGCGGUUUGAACGUUCGGCGCGUACCGGGAGGACCACGGUUGGCAGCUGGGAUGUCGGUGCUGAGGCCGAUGAACAAGCUGCCCGGUCUGAACAAGGCCACCAUCUUGCUGGUGGGCACCGAGGAUGCACUUCUGCAGCAGCUGGCGGACGCGAUGCUCCAGGAGGACUGCGCGUCCAACCUGCAGGUCCACAUUGCAAAGUUCCUCCCGCUGCCUCCCAAUGGGAGUCACCCCCGAAUUGACCUGAUUGUCUUCCUGAUUAACCUUCACAGCAAAUACAGCUUCCAGACCGUGGAGGAGUCCCUGUGCCACGUGGACGCCAGAUUCUUCCUGGGCAAGCUCUGUUUCCUCACCACAGGGGCCGGGCGGGAGAGCCGCUGCAGUGUGCACCGGAGCACGGUCACGAAGCUGGCCCAGACCUACCGGAGCCCCCUGCUCUUCUGUGACCUGGAGGUGGGAAGGUUCCGGGCCUCCAUGGCACAGCGCCUCGUGCGCAUGCUGCAGAUCUGCGCGGGCCACGUGCGGGGCGUGUCGGCCUUGAACUUGCUGCCCCUGCUCCGCAGCUCCGAGAGCCCCGCGCCGGAGGAGGAGGACCUGUGAGCUGC